CUCGCUCGCUCACUAGCUGAAGGUCUGAACUCCUCGACCAUCGGUACUACAAGUAGCUGUCAUAUAGGCGGGUUGGUGCUCUCUCCCUUGCGCUCCCGGCUUCUCCAUCGCCGUCCGCCUCCACCGGGAUCUGCCGACGGAAUGGAGGCGUCAGACGACACCAGUUCCCUCCAGGCGGCGAUUCGAUGGCUGCUGCACACCAUCCUUCCGAGCCUCAGCAAGCUGGACGGGUGGAUCCGCCACGCAGGGCUCGGCAGCGAGGUGGAGAGGCUCAGGGAUGAGAUCGACCAAGUCGACGGCAACGUCUCCGCCGUGAACGCCAGGUCUGAUAUCCGAAACAGGUCGCUGGCCAGAUCCCUUUCAGCCCUCAAGGAGCUGCUCUACGACGCCGACGACGUGGUCGACGAGCUCGACUGCUACAGGAUCCAGCGCCAGCUCCACGCCCACGGAGGCCCAUGGCAUUGGCACCAUCCCAACCAAAUUGACGGACCAAGUAACCAGCUGCCAAGUUCUUCAAGGACCAGUGACUCCACUCAAAAUGCAACUGCUGAUAAUUCAUCCAGAAGAAAAAGGAGAAGGGGUGAUGAUUCAACAGACAUCACCGCAGCCAACACAGGCCCUUGGAGCAAGGACCAAAUUUCUGAAAGGAUACAAGACAUAACUGGUCAGCUGCGAGAUAUCCGAGGGAACGCGCGACGUGUUCUCAAUAUGCUUGGGCCAGGGUCUCGUGCAGGUCCAAAUCACUGCCAGAGUACAACCACCGCGGACCCACGCCGAGGGGCAUCAUCAAGUCUUGUUCAAGGGAAAGUGUAUGGGAGAGCUGAAGAGAAGAGUUACAUCAUAGAGUUGAUAAAAGCACGCAAAUCAGAUGCCGGGGUGACUGUUCUGCCAAUUGUAGGCAUUGCAGGGGUUGGGAAGACAACUCUGGCACAACUUGUAUACAAUGAUCAAGACUUGGAGAGUCAGUUUGACCUCCGCAUAUGGAUCUGGGUGUCUAGCAGCUUCGAUGAAACUAGAGUCACAAGAGAGAUGUUAGAUUUUGUGUCCCUGGGAGCGCAUGGAGGCAAAUGCAGGUUUCCCAAGCUUCCGGAAGUCUUGAAGGAUCAUGUUAAAUCAAAGAGGGUUCUGCUUAUUUUGGAUGAUAUUUGGGAUGACAUAAGUGAUUGCCAAUGGAACAAUCUAUUAGCACCGUUUAAGCCUAACAAUGCAAAGGGCAGCAUGAUACUCGUGACAACUAGAAUACCAUCUCUUGCCAAAAAACGAGGUACAACUGGACCGAUUAACUUAGAUGGUUUGAAAAAUGAUGAUUUCUGGCUAAUGUUUAAAGCGUGUGCAUUUGGUGAUGAGAACUAUGAAGAGCAAGUUAGUCUGGGUGAGCUUGGACAGCAGAUAGCAAAAAGCUGCCCUACAAUUUACAGCAAUGCUUCUCUUACUGCUCCAUAUUCCCCUGCAAUUAUCAUUUUCUUGCUGAGGAGCUGGGUAGUUUCAGAAACAGAGUGUGCAGCUAUGGAUGGUCUGCAGUACAAUGAAAUAUUGCCAACCAUACAUCAUUUGUCUAUAGUAACGGAUGGUCAGACUGGGAACAUACCUUGUCGUGAAAAGUUUGAAGAAAAAAUACAGAGCAUAUUUACAUCAGUGGCAAAACUAAGGACAUUUGUGUUGAUUGGGCAGUAUGAACCUUCCUUCUUCGAAGAAGUUUUCCGAAAGGCAUAUAAUUUGCGUGUAUUGCAAAUUUCUGCAACAUCUGCUGAUUUCCAUUCAUUCCGGUAUAGUUUGGUGAAUCUUAUACAUCUUAGAUAUCUAAAGCUCGAUGGUCAUGGUGAGCAGGGGAGCUGCUCGCCUCAAGUUCAUUUGUAUGAUAAUUCUGCUGUUCAGGAUAAUGCUACUUUCCUUGCCUGGCAGAAUGUGUGUCUAGAGAAUUGCAGAGAAAAGCAAGCAGUUCUAUCUCUGGAAAACCUUCCAUUCCUUACAACAUUGAAGUUAACCAACAUGUGGGGAGUAAGAGAAGUACUGAUUCCGUCAGUGGAGGAGCUAGUUUUAGUUAACAUGUCUGGGUUGGAGAGAUGUUCCUGCACUUCCUUGGGGAAUCUGGUCUCUAGUUUAAGGGUACUGGAGAUCCGGAAGUGCAGUGCACUUAGGGUGUUUGAUCUGUUCGAGAAAGCUCACAGCUCGGAAACUCAGCUUAAGCCAUUGGAUUCUCUACAGCUGCAUUCCUGCACGUCUCUGGAAGAUUUGAGAAUUGAAGACUGUGGAGGGAUCAUCGCAAUAGAGGGCCUUCACCUCAUGAAACUCAGGCAUUUGAAUGUAUGCAAAAAAUCAAUUUUUCGUGGUAUAUCAGGGAAGGGCUAUCACCUAGGAUCUCAACUGGAUCUAUUUAUAAUUAGUGACUUGUCCCUCCUUACCACAUCAAUCUGCAAGGGGCUCACCUGUCUCCAGAGCCUAAUAAUUCAAAAUUUAAAGUGCAAGGCCACGAGACUAACAGAUGAUCAAGAGAGCGCGCUUCUGCUCCACAAGUCCCUGCAAGAGCUAGUGUUUGGCGAUUGUGAGUACCUCGUGCAUCUUCCUGCAGGACUGCACAGCCUUCCUGCCCUCAAGAUAUUGAAGAUCAGAAGCUGUAGCAGCAUAUUAAGGCUUCUGAAGGAGGAACUCCCACCUUCGCUGGUGGAACUGGAAAUCGACUAUUGCAGCCUUGAGUUGGCAAAACAAUGCAGAUUGCUAGCAACAAGCAAGCUAAAUGUCAUAAUUUAUGAGGACUAUGACCAAGAAGAAACCGAUACUUCCAGCAACUAGCGUAUCUGUAUCGGAUACCAUAUCCGAUACUGAUUCUUCCCGGAUACGUCCCUGAUACCUCUCAGGCUUUCGUAGUGCCGGAUGCUAUUGGUUCUUCCUUUUGUUGGAAUCAUGGAUUAGAAGAUACUCCCUCUGUACCAUAAUAUUUGUUGUUUUAGCAGCUCAAUUUAUCAGGUUGCUUUGUAAGGUAUUCUUCUGCCAUUUAUCAGGUUGGAAUUGUAAGCAGUUGUAUCAUUGUAUGGUACGCUCAGCCCAACUGUGUUUCAAGAAAAGAAAAGAGAAGCUAAAUGUAUAUUCCUUCUGUUAUGAUAUAUAACACUUGGCUCUAGACUAUGCACAGAUUUGAGUUCCCUUCAAAAUCA